GUUAGUGAUUAGUACAGAAGGUUUGACACAACAGAGCUAUACAGGAAAUGAUAGGCCCAAGGUCAUAAUCAACGGCCUUUUCAGAGUAGGCGGGUCUGCCAUGUUCCUAUCUAACCACCUUCCUAAUCAUCAUGAUUGUUUGCCCAAGUAUGAGCUGAUUCAGGCCGUCCAUACGCACAUGGCUGGAAUCUCAGACAGCUCUUACAGGUGCAUCUACAUGGAAGAAGAUGAUGAAGGGGAGACGGGUGUGAACAUCGGGAAGGACUUACUCGGGGUGGGAAACAAAGCCAUAAGAUCCAACAUCACAUCUUUGGCUCGGCUGAUUCUCCCAAUAAGGGAAAAACUCCUAUACAUGUCCGGCUUCUGUUCUAAGCCGGACUUGAAGAGAGCGUUUGAACAUUUCUUGCCGCAUGUGGGAGGUAAGCCGUUGUUGGAUGAGUUGCAGAAGAGCUUAGGGUUAAGUGAUGAAGGAAUGGAACCUUCUAGAAUGACUCUACUCAGGUAUGGGAAUGUGUCGAGCAGUAGUGUGUGGUAUGAGUUGGCUUAUACGGAAGCCAAGGGUUGGGUGAAGAAAGGGGAUCGGGUUUGGCAGAUCACGUUCGGGGCGGGGUUCAAGUGUAGUAGCAUGGUUUGGAGAGCGUUGAGGAGAGUGGAUGUGAAUGAUGAAGAGAAUCCAUGGAAAGAUGAGAUCGAGACGUUCCCAAUGGAGAUGAAGGCAAUGGAAGGUGUAACUCCCUACUUAAACUCUUUAGAUGAAUUCGCUCAAUGAAGUGUACGAGUGAUU